AUGUCAGUACCAACUGAAUUGGGUCUGCCUCGAGCUUCAGAUAAAACAGAUGGCCCUGGCCAUAGCGAAAUACCACUUAUUCCGAACGAUCCAGGGGAUCAAUUGUCAGUUUUUUUUUCAGAAGCUGACAAUGAUGAAGAUGAUAGCUCAAGUGUACACUUUCAAGUUGAUGAUGAUUUUAAUGAAACACACAAUGACCAAAUUCAAAAUUCACAUCUCGGAUCGAUGAAAUUCAGUGAGGGGCAAGAUAAGAUGAUAGAGCAUCACAAUACGAAUGUAAUUCGCAAACCACUACAUUUACCCUUAGCAAAUAGUGCCCGGGCUAAGAGGUCUAGUGUUUACGAAUCUAAAUCCACUGUGACAGCAAUUCCAAUCAGAGCGCCUAGCACGACUAAUCGAACGUUUCAUACCGAGUUUGAUGACAGUGUAUCGAUCAAGAGCAUGUCAUCGUCCUUAACUGCUUCCUUCUCUAGAAGCUUCUUAUUUGGAUUCUACAACAAUCAUAAGAACAAUGAAAGGGUACCAAAAGGGGUCCUAUCGAAAGAAUACUGGAUGAAAGACGGCAGUGCAAAAGACUGUUUUGCAUGUGCGAAAGCGUUCAAUACGUUUAGAAGGAAGCAUCAUUGUCGUAUAUGUGGUCAAAUAUUUUGUGGUAAUUGCACAUUUCUUAUCGAUGGAGACAAGUUCGGCCAUGAAGGAAAAAUGAGAGUUUGUCGUAGCUGCCAUGAUCAUGCUUCAAACUACGAUGAUUCCAGUGAUGAAUCGUCACUAGAAGAUAAUGUAAAUUUGGAAGACAUCAGCCAGAGAACUGACACGACAGAAAAAUUUCCUCAAGGCUCUGAUAUGCUAAUACUGAAAGAUGAUGAGGCUCAAAGUAUACUCACUACCGGAGAGGAUAGCAAAAUCUUUCGAUCUACUCCACCUCCACCUCCAAAAAUGGCUAUUCCAGCCACGAGACAGGGCGGUUCUUUAGAAAUAACUGUUCCCAGCACUUCAAGUCUAUCGUUUGAUGUUUCCUCCAGACAAAGAAGAAAUGCAAAAGAUAGGUACACUAUUCGUGAUGUUGAUAUGAUGUCUCCACUGAACACUGAAGUAUCUAGCCGAAGACUGUCAAGUAACUCCCCACAGCGGCAUGUAAUUUACAAUCGUCAACAUCAAAUGAUGGGCAUUAAAAAUUCUAUUUCAAGUUAUAUUAACAAUAAUACAACUAAUGCAUCACAAAGGUCUUCGUCGCAGUCUUCAAACUCCGUUGUAGCGAAUUUUUCCAACAAUAAUUUCAAAUUUGAGUUCAAUUACGGCCUGAACAAUUUUCAAAAUUACCUGAAUACCACACAUUCGAAUUCCUCCAGAUUAGAGCCCAAACAUGUGAGUAGGACCGAAUCUUCUCCUGUACUGUCUCUUACGCAAGACGAGCAUGCUAUCGAUAGUGACUCCAAGUACAACAGUGAGGUGGGCUCAGAAGAUGAAGGGUCGAUGUCCUUAUAUGCGGUCUUAAAUGAUCAACAUCAGUUGGACCAGAACAAUAUACGCUCAAUGAGAAAUAACACCAAAUCGUUUCAGAGGGCUCAAGCUUCUCUCCAGAGGAUGAAAUCCAGGAGAAAAAGCAAGAGUAGGGUCAACGGAGCCUCAAAUUCGGCGCGCAAAGAGUUCGAGUUUUUCAACCACAGUACUCCAAACUUGAUAUCAGUUGUUAGCAACGAUAAUGACUUUUCUCGUUCUAAUGAUUCAGGCGUACUUGUAAAGCAAAAAAUCAGAAGUGAUGCGCUUUCUUCAUCAAGGGACUUGAAGCGAAUUAUCUCAUCUGCAUCUGCAUUUCGGAUGCAAAAUCAGGAAAACAAAUCAGAAUUGAACGAAGUGUCAGAGGUCCACAUGAAAGCGCUGUUAAAGCAAGUUUUAGAUGAUCAGAAUGUCAAUCAUGUCGAUAAAUGGAUACAUCUUUUUGUGCCAAUUUUAAGAGUUGUCCAAAACAUUCAAUUAGACGCCAGAAGCUCUACAGGUUUAGACUUCAAGCAACACUAUGUGAAGAUAAAGCGCAUAUGCGGCGCAUCAAUUGAGGACUCUGAAUACAUAAGUGGGGUCGUUUUCUCGAAGUCACUUCCUUUGAAGUCGAUGCCUCGGCUUGUUAAAAAUCCACGACUUCUGCUUAUCAUGUUUCCUUUAGUUUAUCAGAAAAACGAAAAUCACUUUAUGAGUUUGGAUUCCGUUUUAGCUCAGGAACAAGAAUAUUUGAACAAGUUGGUGCUGCGAUUGACCCUUUUGAAUCCAGAUGUCGUACUUGUUGGCGCUAAUGUGAGCGGCCAUGCACUGAAAUUAUUGGAUGAAGCCGGUGUCGUUGUUCAGUACAACAUGAAACCACAAGUCAUAGAACGUAUAGCAAAGCUAACAGAAGCAGGUAUUGCCAUUUCUGUUGACAAGUUAGCAACUAAUAUUAAACUAGGGACUUGCGAAGAGUUUGAGGUGAAAACUUUCAUUUACGGCAAUAUCAGUAAAUCAUACACCUUUAUCAAAGGUUGCAAGCCUUCUUUAGGUGGAACUGUAAUUUUAAGAGGUUACCCCAGUGAUAUUUUAAGAAAAAUUAAAGAUGUUGCUGAGUUCAUGAUUUAUGCUGUAUUUUCACUCAAGCUAGAAAGUUCGUUUUUCAAUGACAAUUUUCUAUCGUUAUCUACUACGUUUUAUGAGCAGGCAUUUCAGCAUCAAAAACAACAAGUUGCUGAAGGAUAUUUCAGUGAAUUUAUAGAUAAAUUCCACCAAAGAAUUCUUUCAGUCUCACCAACGGUAAAGUUUCCAAUUCCGUUCCUACUACAAAAAGCAAGAGCUCUUGAGGCAGAGCUUAAUACCAAACAAUCAGAAAGUGAGAAGCUCGAGAAGAAUAUUUGGACUAUUGAAGAUGAGGCAGAAAAUAGUAUAAAGGAUCUCAAACUGAAGUCUGCUCUGACCCAACAGGAUUUCAGGUAUCUGGUCAAGUUCAUGCAUGACAAGGAACUUGAAGAUUUGAAAAAUAGAUUUACGUGGAGAAGUCGUCAAUGGGAGCUUUCUUAUACCUUGUCACAUAAUAUGCUUGGUACAGGGACUCAUCAAACUAUCAAUGUUCUUUAUUCAAUGAUAUCAACAAAAACUGCUACACCAUGUAUUGGACCCCAAUUAGUGAGCAUUGAUUAUUUUUGGGAUACGGAUAUUUCCAUUGGUCAGUUCAUUGAAAACAUCGUGGCAACUGCCAAUUUAUCUUGUGUUCAUGGCUGCGGAAGUAAGCUUCUAGAUCAUUAUCGAAGUUAUGUUCAUGGCAAUGGAAAAGUAGACGUCGUGAUAGAACAAUUUCAAAGUCGUCUCCCACCUUUAAAAAAUAUACUUUUAACAUGGAGUUACUGUAAAAAAUGUGGUACCUCGACGCCAAUAUUGCAAAUGAGCGAAAAAACAUGGAAUUAUUCAUUUGGAAAAUAUUUAGAGCUCCUAUUUUGGAGUAGCAACGGUGGAAUGACAGGAAUUGGGAACUGUACUCAUGAUUUUGCUAAAGAUCAUGUGAAGUAUUUUGGCUAUAAUGACUUAAUGGUUAGAAUGGAGUAUUCGAGCAUUGAGAUUCAUGAGCUGAUAACUCCUCGAUCAAAAAUUAUAUGGAAGCCUAAUAUCGAUAUCAAGCUGAAAGUGGAACUUUAUUACCAAAUUUUAGAGAAAAUCAACAACUUUUACAGCAGUGUUUCAGAUAGGCUUGACAGGGUAAAGUUGGAUAGUAUGUCUGACGAUAAAAUUAUGGCCGGUAAGGAAAAGAUAUCCGAACUGAAGACUAAAGUCAAAGCAGAAAAAACGCAGUUAUUGGAUAUGACUGAAGACCUGUAUAGAAAUAGUCCAGGUGAUCAACAUUUACGCCUCAAUUCGGUUAUAAGAUCAUUACAUGACAACGCGGCAGGAUGGGACUCCGAGUUUGCAGAUUUUGAGAAAAGAUUUCUGCCAUCUGAAAAAGAUAUUGCCAGGAUCACAGCAAUGCAGUUGAAAAAGCUCUUUUUAGAUACUGCUAAGAAUGAUACAUAUCCAGACAAUUCUUCAGAGAAAUCGGAUGAGAAAGGCGAUAAUAAUGAAGAAAGCACUGUAAACAUAUCGAAGGGUGAAGAGGAUGGUCGAAAAGAAGAUGCGACAGAUAAAAGUGGGAUUUCAAAGUUUAAUGAACUAAUGAAAGAGAGGAAUUUGGAAAUUGUUACCAAUUCUGGCAACCUUGGUGGAACUCCGACGCGCCCUCCAUUGCUUUAUCAUCAAACUACACCAAUUUUAGGUGAACACCAACAGUCGGGGAUCUCCUCACUUCCUUUGGAUGAUACUUUCGUCAACAGUGGUUUCCCCCAUAAACAUCUUGCGCAAACCAAUUUUGAACUUCCAGCACGAAUUUCAUCUAUUGGCACAGGAACGAUGCCAAAAAAAGGGCACGCCAGAGACCUUUCAACUCAAUUGAGACGACUAAGUGUUAGCAGCAACGGUAGCACCGUGACAUUUCAGAGUAGAGACCGCAAUCCGGAUAGUAAAGUGGGGCAGCUAGCUAGUUUUUUUGAUCAGAUUCAUUUUGAUGCGCUUUCGAAGGAAUUUGAGCUCCAAAGAGAACUUGAACGUCUGCAGUUAAACAGAAACAAAUACAAGGCAUUAAGAGUCAAAUCCUCUAAGCCAAUCGUUGAGAUCUAUAAAAAUGUUAAAGAUGCCGUAGAAGAACCACUGCACAUGGAUAAUAGAGGGAAAUCUGCUAAUCUCAAUAAUGCUGGCAGUGGAUUCCAAAAAGACGGUAAUUCUGUUCUGAGAAGUGGGCAAAUGGAUUUAACGAAUGGGUUAGAGACAGAACUGGAGAACUCAAUCCAUAGAUGGGGGGAACGAGUCCUCCAUGGCGAAGAUAGCGUUGGCACUGCUCCAGCGGAGAGAAUUAGUAGUGGUAAUAAAAAUAGGAAUAGUUCCAAUGAACCAUUGCCGCCGGUCACUACUACGACAACAGCAAACAUGGAUACCUCAAGCAUAGAUGGCCAACCCGAAAAGUCUUCUCUAAUGAGAACUCUGACAAAUUUUUGGGCCGAUCGAUCUGCGACACUAUGGAAACCACUGGAAUAUCCAACUUCUUCAUCAGAGCAUAUUUUUGUUGACAGUUUCGUGAUAAUUCGGGAAGACGAGCCAAGCUCUCUUAUUGCGUUCUGUUUGAGCUCUGUGGAUUAUUUACAAAAAAUGAAUACGUCCAAUAAGGGAGGUCAUAAAUCGAAGAGUGAAUCUGGUGGGCAAGAUAAAGAAGACACGAAGAAGGAAGCAGAUGUGCAAGUUUCCACCGAAGUAGAAUCUGUUGCUAACAUAGCAGAUCAAAAUACCCCGAAAGUACUAUCUCAGCUAAACUCCACUUCACAGAGGGAAACUUCUAGUUCGCUUUAUAAAGAGGAUGAUGGUGAUGAAAAGACGCCAGAUACUGAGCAAAUAAUGACUAAGAAAACAGCUAUGCAUUUAAGGUAUCAAUUUCAAGAAGGGAACUCUGUUAUGUCAUGUAAGAUUUUCUUCGCGGAACAAUUUGAUGCAUUUCGCAAAACAUGUGGCUGUGAGGAGAAUUUUAUUCAGAGUUUAUCACGGUGUGUGAAAUGGGACUCGAGUGGUGGUAAAAGUGGCAGCGCAUUUUUAAAAACAUUGGACGACCGAUUCGUGAUCAAAGAACUCUCGCACACUGAAUUGGACUCCUUCAUAAAGUUCGCGCCUAGCUAUUUUGAAUAUAUGGGCCAAGCAAUGUUCCACGAACUUCCCACCGCCUUAGCUAAAGUUUUUGGUUUUUAUCAAAUCCAGAUCAAGAACUCGAUCAGUGGAAAGAGUUUCAAGAUGGACGUGAUUAUCAUGGAGAAUUUGUUUUAUGAAAAGAAAACUUCAAGAAUAUUUGACCUCAAGGGCUCAAUGAGAAAUAGGCACGUAAAACAAACUGGGAAGGAGAAUGAGGUUUUGCUCGACGAAAAUAUGGUCGAAUAUAUAUAUGAAUCUCCUAUCUUUGUGAGGGAAUAUGAUAAGAAGCUUUUGCGGGCCUCAUUAUGGAACGAUACUCUCUUUCUUGCUAAGAUGAAUGUUAUGGAUUAUUCGCUUGUCAUUGGUGUGGAUAAUGAAAGUCAUAAUUUGACGGUUGGGAUAAUAGAUUUUAUUCGAACUUUUACCUGGGACAAAAAGCUGGAAAGCUGGGUAAAAGAACGUGGCUUUGUCGGAGGGAGCACGAAAGAGCCAACUGUGGUAACACCAAGACAGUACAAAAAUCGCUUUAGAGAAGCCAUGGACCGAUAUAUUUUAAUGGUCCCUGAUCCUUGGUUUCAAGAGAAUUAUACAUAG